AUGCCGACCAAUAAUCAAACCACGCGAUCUCGUGAGAGAAAUCCGAUCCCAUCUUGUAUUGUCACAGCCCUUUCAAAACAACAAGACAAACUAUAUAUAUUGCAUUUAGAAAGAGACUUGAUAAAAUUUAUUAAGAAUUCAAUUUUGGGAAAUAUCAAACAGCCUGAAUAUAUUAUCCAAGCACAAUACUUGAAGAAUAGUUAUUACCGAUUGUUAAGCCAUCAAUUAUGUCACUAUUAUUGUUUACAACAUUGGAACAACACUUUUAAUGAAAUUAGAGUUACUCCGACUUUAAACUUUAACUACCAGGAAUUCGUGCAAAAAAUUGAAAGUUCAGAGGAUAAGGAAGUCGGAGAGUUUGUUAAGAUUUCUAGUAUUGCACACAAGUAUACAACUGAUAAUGAACCUUCUGUCAAGCCUGAACCAGUUCAAAAGAAGAAGUUGUUGGUAAAGCAUUUACAUGAGGAAUUACCAAGCACUCCAGAAAGUCCGUCAUCAGAGUGUCCAGUGUCAGAAUCCUCGGAGAAUACUGGAAGUAUUGAAAGUGAAAGAGAGAACAAAAUUCUUCUUUAUAUGAAAUUAAGAGAAGAGAUUUUUGACAAUGACGAAGAAGAUGAAGAGGAUGAAGAGGACGAAGAUGAAGAUGAAGAAGAACAAGAAGUACAAAAGGAGAACAAAUCUAACUACAUUGAUAGAAUAGAACUAGAAAGAAGAAUUUUGAACAAUCCGUAUAUUAUUAUCCCAGGUGACAGGCGUUAA